AGAAACACUCCAGCCAAUCAGGACGCACCUCUGAGUCACGUGGUAAAAUGCUGCAGAUUUGAAUUGAGAGCCGUGUUUUCGCCUGUCCGAGGAAAUAAAUAACAAACUUUACAACAAUAUCACUUUCCCAGCUCAUCUACGGCACUGGAUUGGAUCAAAAAAGAGUCUGAAUUAGGAUGGACCAUGGAGCGAACAACGAUGUGUUCUUUUUACCGGAUGAAAAGUUUGAUUUUGACUUGUCUCUGUCGCCUGCCAGCUCCACAGGUGAAGACUUUGAGGACGAGAUCUUUGUUGGUCCCGUCAGUCAUGCUGAGCGCUGCAUUUCUGUGAACCUUGCGUCUCGUCUCGAAAACCACUGCGUAAAAUCGAGCUGGAGUCCUCUGUCUGGAGACCAACUGGAAGCCAUCUGUGAAGAGGCCCAAAAACUGGCCGAUCAGCUGCAGAGCUCAGAGCAUGCUCAGUCCGAAUCUGAAAACAUCGACCCAAAUCGUGCAGUUUUACAGAAGAAUGAGUUUGUGCAAGACUCAAAGGCUAAACUAAGCAUGCUCUGUGACCCUCCUCCUACUGUACUUAGCCCCAUAAAGAGACAGACGUUUUGUGUACAAGAUAGCCCUAUGAAACACUUACCACCUGCAAUUCAAAACCGUAUGCUGAAAGCGCGCAGUCCUAAAUCAAGUAUAGGAAAUAUACCAAGUAUUAAACCCACUGGAAAAGCACAACUGACGCAGCACUUACCCUCAAGAGCCACGAGGAGCGUCGCCAGUCCAGUGACGAGAACUCAGACCAAAGCUGGACUCCAAGCCAGAGUCAGCGCGGUGUUACCCAACAGACCCACCGUGCCAACUGCUACACGCUCCAGCACCAAGAGCCAAGACAAACCCAGACUGCAGCCUCCCACCAAAUUGGCAACCAGUUGGCGGCGCAGUCCGAACUCAAGCAGAAACGGUUCAUGUGAGGACCUUCUCUCUGACUCUGCGAGUGUGACCUCUGACAUCAGCGACUCCUCCCUGAACUCCAGCUGUUUGGGCAAACGCACUCUGGCCCCGCCCUCCAAGACACUGCGGACUCGCUCUGGAGUGAAGCUUCCCUCUGACAGCAGCAGACUCAGAAACACGUCCUCGUCCUCCUCCUCAGUGUCCAGCUUCAACUCCAGCAUCUCCCUCUCCCCGGCCAAUAAAGCCACUAAAGGUAAACUGAACUCCUCGCUGAGCUCUCAGUGCAGUGUCUCUAAACCCACCCAGCCCCCAAAGCAUCGUCGCUCUGUGGCCGUCCUGCCCUCGGACCCUCCCAUCUCUGUGGCCAGGAAGAGGUCUCUGAGCACCCAAACCCGACGAUCCUCCAACCCCACCCUCCUCAAGAAGCCCCAGUCCUCCCCGGUCCAAACCCCAGUGAGGAGGGGCUUAGACCGGACCAGCUCUGUGCCCUCUAUGACCAAGAUCCAGAGCGGACUCAAGGCCAAAGCCAAACCACAGGCUCUGGUGCCCCCCACUCCCAACGGGACACUGCGAGGGUCUUCAUCUCCAGACACCACCAACAUGCUCAAGCCCAAGAGACUGGUUUCUGUGAAGAGUGUUGACAGUCUCCCUCAGAAGCCUGCACUCUCCACUCUCACGCCCUCUCUUGGCAAUGGCAGUGCACUACAACUCAAGGCUCGUAGACCCUCAGCUCUGCCUACUCCUGUCAGGUCCAGACUUUUGGGUCUUCCCCAGACCACGCCCACAAGCAAAGUGCGUCCAAUCAGAGUGUCGCCCACCCACAAUUGCACCCCCACCAGCUCUCACACCGAAUGCCCAGAGACUGCACAGGUUCCCGUGAUCCAGCCUUUUAACCUGGAGGAGGAGGAGCCUGUACAGCCCCCGCCCACAAUCACAAAACCCGACCAAUCAGAAAGCACCACAGCACCUGACGCACUUUGUCUGAGCCAGUGUGAAACAAGGAAGGAGACUGCACCGGCCAAAACAGAGAGCACCAGCAAAACACAAGAGAUCUUACUUCUGGACCUCCCGGCUCCUGCUCUUCAGCCUCAGGAGAAACUGCUCAUCGACCUGAGCAACACCCCAGACCUGAUCCGGACCAAGACUUGCUCCUCUGCAUCCGAGCUGAUUGACCUGAGCUCUCCUCUGAUCAAAUGGAGUCCAGUCAACAAAAAGGAGAAAGAUGCUCCCCUCAUCAACCUUUCCUUCUGAUCCAGGACUGUAACCUGAUGAAAACUGGACUACAGAGACCAGCUUUCAGUCCCUGAGACUAAACUAGACCAAAACAGGACCAUCCCUUUAGACCAAUACUGGACCAAACCCAGAUCUGAACCAAUCAACUGCGAAAAGGAGUGUUAAAGAAAUCAGCAGCUUUGUUCUAUACUGAAAAUACUUAGAUUUUAAUGUGUUUAUCAUUGUUUAAAUAAAUGUCCUUGUCUGUGUUGAUUGAGCUGCUCAUUGUAAAAAAAAAAAAAAAAAAAUCAUUAUAAUUUCAAUAUUCAGUCCAAUGGUACAGCCCUGAUAAAGUGAUCUUCUGGAUCAUUCCCAUUAAAAACUGUUCUUCUGACCACUGGUGUCAAAUCAUCUCUUCUACUGAAAUGCAGUGAUUCAUGAGAGAUUGUAAAUGUGUAGAUGAAUAAAGUGUUUUAUAAAAAAUCA